GCCCAUCAAACCCGACUCCAUCCAGGAUGCUUCGAAGCUGCUGAAAAAGGAGUCCGGUAGUUAAACGGCAACUAGUUUAUACAAAUAUAAAAAGUUUCUUGCAGUCCAUUUUAGUAAAUAAUAAAUUGUUCUGUACGGUUUAGAUGAAGAGGCUACGACGCUUUCAAGUUGCCAUCAGACUGGAAAUGCUAGUUUAGCCUAGCUCUGCCUUUUGCUAGCAGGUAGCAUUUCGGUGUUUUUGUUAGUGCUGCCAGCUUUAUUAUUCCGCUGCCCCAUUUUUGCAAAUCACUGUUAACGAUACACGCGAAUGGUACAGGAUGGCUGCGUUUUUUGAUAAGUUAAAUAAAAGUUCCUCUUAAUUAGCUCAUUCGUAUGGUGGCUAACGGCUAGUUUGCCGGAGCUAAAGCGCGACGCUGUGGCCACUGCCCAGCCAGCACAAGUCAUGUUUGAAAUGGAGACACACGUAUCGUGCCUUUUCCCGGAGAUCCUGGCCAUUAUUUUCAGUUAUCUGGACGUCAAAGACAAAGGGAGAGUCGCUCAAGUGUGUGCGGCCUGGAGAGACGCGUCCUACCACAAGUCUGUAUGGAGGGGAGUGGAAGCCAAGCUUCAUCUGCGGACAGCCAACCCGUCCCUGUUCCCCAGCCUGCAGACCAGAGGAAUCAAAAAAGUCCAGAUCCUCAGCCUGAGGCGAAGUCUCAGCUACGUGAUACAAGGGAUGCCACACAUCGAAAGCCUUAAUUUGUGUGGGUGUUUCAACCUCACAGACAACGGACUAGGACAUGCCUUUGUGCAGGACAUCCCGACAAUGCAGGUGCUGAACCUCAGUCUUUGCAAGCAGAUCACCGACUCCAGUUUGGGCAGGAUUGCUCAGUAUCUCAAAAACUUGGAGGUACUUGAACUCGGUGGAUGCAGCAAUAUCACCAACACUGGCCUCCUGCUCAUCGCCUGGGGUUUGCACAUGCUCAAGAGCCUUAAUCUGCGUAGCUGCAGGCAUGUGUCUGACGUGGGCAUUGGCCACCUGUGUGGCAUGAUCCGCAGUGCUGCAGAGGGUUGCUUGUCACUGGAGAAGCUGACAUUGCAGGACUGCCAGAAGCUGACUGACCUGUCCCUCAGACAUGUCUCAAAAGGCCUUAAUAAGCUAAAAGUGCUUAACCUCAGCUUUUGCGGGGGGAUAUCCGAUGCAGGGAUGAUCUACCUGUCAGACAUGACCAACCUGUUUAGUCUGAACUUGCGAUCGUGUGAUAACAUCAGUAACACAGGUAUAAUGCAUCUGGCAAUGGGCUCCCUUCGACUGUGUGGACUUGACGUCUCCUUCUGUGACAAAAUUGGAGACCAGAGCCUGGCUUACAUCGCCCAGGGAUUGUAUCAGCUCAAGUCCCUUUCUCUUUGCUCCUGCCACAUCAGUGACGAUGGCAUUAACAGGAUGGUACGCCAAAUGCAGGAAUUGAAGACUCUCAACAUUGGACAGUGUGUGCGGAUCACGGACAGAGGGUUGGAGCUUAUUGCUGACCAUCUGACCCAGCUUACGGGGAUCGAUCUUUACGGCUGUACAAAGAUCACCAAAAGGGGCUUGGAGAGAAUAACACAGCUCCCGUGCCUUAAAGUGUUAAAUCUUGGCCUGUGGCAGAUGACUGAGUGAGAGUGAGGUGAAGGCUCUCCUCUCUUUUUUACAUGCACUUGAUUAUGCAUACUAGAACUCGGUUGUCCACGGAGUGAGACUGCUUGCAUCUCUUUUACCUUUUAUACUGUGAUAAGCAGGAAUCAGCAAUGAUCUGGAAUAUUGAUGCUGGCCACUGCAAUAUUCCACCCUUUAGUCAUGAUUGGGUCUUUUUGCUCUUUUGAUGUCAGCCUGUGUAUACUUAUUUUUUUACCGUCUAGCUACCUCACUGACCAAAUGCAGUGCCUACGAUUGAACACAACCUUACAUAUAUUUUUAUCAAUCACAUCGUAACAGUUUGGUAUUUAUGUAACUCAUAAUAGUUGGGUAUUUCAACUCUUAACACAAAGGCUAAAUUACAGUGAAUUUUUUAAAACUAUUUUUUAAUAUGGAAAAUUGCUGACAAUUGUACUUCAGAUUGAAGUGGGUGGGUCACUCCUUUCUUUAUAGUUGAUUAUAUUUCAAAUUCCUGAAUAAAUGACUACGCAUCAGAUGUUCCAGUGUUCCGAUAAACCAUCAUACCUUGUCGAAAUGCCCUACCGUACGCUGAAUUUACAGACACAUCUGUCAAAUGGCUUAUGGUAGUUAAAAAUUUGGUCAUUUAGUUGGUAUGUGUUGUUUCGAAUGGCAUAAAAUCAGCAAAAUUGGUAUGCAGCAUUACUCUAAACAGAAUUUUAUUGGCAACACGAAACGCUUGUGGUCCUCCAAGCUAACGGCAUCCUUACACAAGUGUGCUAAUAGAGGUAGCAAUGAAAAAACAAACUAUGAAGAAUAAUAAAUUCAACUGUUCGAAAUCAAGUAUUAACUGGUGGAAAACAGUACUGACCGCUGAAAAAUUACAUUUUUUGUGCCCAUGUACACUAAGCCUUGGUCGGACGUUUCAGUUGGUAGGAUGAAAUGUGAGGACACUGGAAUGCCACUGACAGCUUCACUUUAGUACUGUAAUUAGCAACCGGCAAGGCUGUAUGCUGUAUUUUAAACUGAGCAUAUCUCCUUACUUAUUGGGAAGUUUUCAGUGGUGGCAUGUCAAGAAUUUUAAAAGCAAUAAUUUAAGAUUUUUAUAUUCAUACAGUAGUGAUAUUUAUGAAUAAAGAUGGAAAUUAUGUUUCA